UCAGACUUAGGAUCUCGCUCUCGUGCACGUUAUAACCUUGCUGCUGCUACCGGCCUUAGAUAGCAGUUCGGCCAAGACACAGCGGCAGUCGUCAGGCCCCGAUGCGGCAAACCAUAACCAGGAAGAUGGGACUCGCCUCCCUUCUUGCUGUGGUCCUCUUCAUUGCCGGAGUGCCGGCAUUGACGUUCUCCCAACGUUAUGAACUGAAAGGUUCACCAAAUGCGGCUUACUCCGGAGAAAUUUUCGGUGCGCCUGAAUCGCUUGGUGGCGGAUACGAGACAGGAAACCUGCGGGCCAUCAACACGGGAUCGAUGCCGGGUCUUCAUCCACAAAUGCCAAGUGGUCCCUACGGAAGCCAGAUGGGAUUCCAGCCUUUCCAUCAGCUUCAACCGCUGAAUCGGUACGCCCUAGGUAACGCUUUGUUCCGGGCGACGAGCGCCAUGGUGAAUAACGGAGAACCAGUGUACGGAGAUGGACUUUACGGCGGUGCUUUUGGAAACCAUAGGAGUCCUGGUAAGUGA